AAGCAGCCAAUGUACUGAAGGAAGCUAACAGCAAGAGCCUGCAGGAGCUUCUACGGACUCCUCAUGUUAGCUUGGCGAGCUCUUAACGACGUCGCCGUUCCACAAUCGAGACGAUGUGGUUGUUCACUUGCUCACUCUCUAUCUUCCCGCCAUGUACGGAGGAGGCCUCGCGUUGCUCCGAUUGGAGUCACAGCUUGCUCGCCACCGGCCCUCCGGGCGGUAUCCAUGGAGCCUUUGGAAUCCAGAAGUGAGGAUGUUAGUUUGACGCAGAGGCAGAGCAAUCAAACGGCUUUUGUUCCGAGCAAUGACGAAGGAGGAGAAGACGAAGAAGAGGAAGAAGAACCAGGAAUUUCGAGAAUUCAAGUGCCUAGACAGAGACAUAUUCAGGUCUCAAAGGCAGAGCUUUUGGAUGCUAUUGUGUUGAAGUUGUUUGAUUCUGAGGAUGACGAUGGUCAUCACUUUCUCCGACUCUCCUCGUGUUUGGAUUCGAUUCUUCAUGCUGAACACAAAAGCAUUUUGGAGCAAAUGCGAUCGGAUUACUACCAUUCUCAUUCCAUGGGUGAUCAGGGAACUGAGAAAACAGCUGUUUCAGAAAGAGGGAAAACGUCUGACUCAGCUGAAGUGGUUCCUAACGGCAAAGCAUCAAACUUGACUGAGGAUUCCAAUUCCAUCAACGGAGUUGGUAGCUUAGAUGGAUACAAGGAAGAAAGUGAGCUUGACAAGUUGCCUUUGCUUUUCAAUUAUGAUAUUGACUGGAGGAAUUUCUUAAGUUCUUCUAUGAAAAAUUUUGGGAGAUAUUCUGAUAAAAAGUCCAGACUUGCUGUUGCAACUCGUUUCCAGCAUGCUUUCAUGCAACUUCUUUAUGAUGCUCAGUUUGAAGAGCUAUCGGCUAGGGAUUUGAUGUUGACAUCUGCCCUCAAUUCAGAUUAUCUUCUCACGUUGCCAAUUUAUGUUGACUGGAAAAGGGCAUCUCAAUCAAAUGCAAUUAUAUUCAGGCGUGGAUAUACAACUGAGAGACAGAAGGGCCUUUUAAUUGUUGAAAAACUGGAUUACUUGCAAUCCAGACUUUUGCGAGGAAUCUUCUCUAUCAUAUCAAGACCACUGGUUAAAGCUGGAAAAUGGAUAAAUGAGGUCAUUGCUGAGGUCAUUGCUCUUUUCCUUUCUCUUUCUAUCGCACAGGCUUUAAAAGAUGCUUUUCAGACCCAAGAAGCACAAGAUUGGGUUAAGAGAAUGAAGCACUGGCUGAAGGAACUGGCCCUAUUUCAGGAGUCAUAUUUUAAUAAUGAACAAAGUUCUGAUAAUCUGCUGGGAGUAGACCAACCAUCAGAUGGUGAUCUUCGUAUUUGGCUGGCUGCACAGAAGGCAGUAAGUCGUUAUGAGGGAUUUCUAUCAGAAAUAGGACCUCGUGGAAGGCUUCUUAGAAAGUUGCUUGCUUGGAUUGGGCUUAUACCUCCUACACCAGAAACUCCAUUUCAGCUUAAUAGCAACAGUAGUGCUUCUGAACCUUAUUUGAGGUCAACUUUCUUAUCAAGGAUAUCACUGAGUGAUAUAUGGAGGCCUGCUACAAGGAAGUACUGUGGAAAUGAUGUUUGGAAAAUGUUAAAAACUUCCAUUGCCAUUCUUCUAUCACAGUCUAUCCUCCAGGAGCCAUCUUUCCAGGAACUGAUUUUGCUUUAUACCAAGGACACUAUUGAAAGUGAUACUAACAAUGACUCUGAGGGUCAAGCAUUGCAGUUAAAGAUCUAUGAGAGAAUUCCUAUUCCAGAUUUACCAGUUGUUUUUCCUCACAAAAAGCUGUCUUUCCGUAUCAUUGACACGGUCCGCUUGGAUGUUGCCACAAUAUUGGGACUUUUGGCAUUCUUCAUAAAUUACAAAUUUGAGGACAUCCUAUCUUCCCCAUCGGCAAUAUUUCUUGAUGUGGUUGCUGUCACUGCUCUAAUAAUUUAUGUUACUCGUGUGGCCUUGGGUUACAAACAGACAUGGGAUAGGUAUCAACUAUUGGUGAAUAAAACCCUUUAUGAGAAAACUCUGGCGAGUGGCUUUGGUGCAGUCCAUUUUCUUCUGGAUGCUUCUGAACAGCAGCAAUACAAGGAAGCGAUUUUAACCUAUGCAAUCCUGCUUAAAGUGGAGAACGGUCAGGCCACAUGUCAUCGAAAAGUUGGAGACAAAUGUGAGAGAUUUAUGUAUGAUGUUUUCAAACAGAAGGUUGAGAUGCCAGUUGAGAAGGCACUGAACACUUUGGUAAGGCUAGGUCUUGUGGUAGAAACAACCCUUGAUGGCAAAACCAGGCUUCAAGCUACCCCUUGCCCUGAGGCAUAUGAGGCUCUAAGAGAUCGUUGGAAUAGUUUACUCAGUUAAUUUUUGUUGUUGAUUCCUAAUUUAUAUUACCCACAUACCACACACAGUGUAUAUUAAUCCAUAGAGAAUUCAAAUGAAAAUUAAUAGUUCUG